CUCAACACAGACGUUUCGUGUCUCGUCACUGCUCGUCACAAGUUACAUUUAUCUCGACAAGAUUGUGGUAGAGAAUACAUAAGAAAAUUAGAUAGAGAGAGAUAUCCACGGUCAAAUAAAUAAACUUUGAUAACGAUUACUGCCUGAUACCACUUGUUAGUCUCUCAUUUACUUCUAUCUGUUUUACACUGCCAUACGUGUCAACUGGAAAUAUAAUAAUGACUGAUCAAAGUCAUGGAGUAAUCAAUUUUGGCGCUGGUCCAGCUAAAUUACCGCAUCAGGUUUUGAAAAAAGUGCAAAAGGAAUUACUCGCGUAUGGAAAUACACAAAUCAGCAUUCUAGAAUUAAGCCAUCGAUCAAAUGAUUUUAAGAAAGUUAUUGAUGAUGCGCAGGCUACUUUGCGAGACAUCCUUAAUAUUCCUGACAACUAUCACAUCUUGUUCAUGCAAGGAGGCGGUACUGCCAUUUUCGCAGCUGUUCCUCUAAAUAUUAUGAAUACAGGAACUGCUGAUUAUUUAGUAACAGGCUCAUGGUCUGCAAAAGCGGCAAAGGAAGCGGCAAAAUAUGGAAAAGUGAACAUGGUUUUAUCUAAAGUGACAAAAUACAUAGAAAUUCCGCAUCCCUCCACAUGGAACUUAGACGCGAAUGCAUCAUACGUUUAUUACUGCGCUAAUGAAACUGUGCAUGGAAUCGAAUUUGAUUAUAUUCCGGAGACAAAUGGUAUACCACUUGUUGCUGAUAUGUCAUCUAAUAUACUCACGAAACCUUUUGAUGUAUCUAAGUUUGCAAUAAUUUUUGCUGGUGCUCAAAAAAAUAUUGGUCCUGCUGGUGUCACUUUAGUAAUCGUACGAAAUGAUAUGCUUGGUCGUGCUAUGAAUGUAUGCCCGACAGUGUUAAGUUUUACUACCAUGGCGAAUGAUAAUUCUUUGCACAAUACUCCACCUGUCUUUCAAAUUUACGUGAUGGGUUUGGUAUUUGAAUGGAUCAAAGAGAAUGGAGGAGCCGAAGGUAUGCAAAAUUCUGCCAAGGAGAAGAGUAACAAAAUAUAUAAUGUAAUUGAUGGAUCAGAAGGAUUUUAUAUGUGCCCUGUAAAGUUCGAUGCACGUAGUAAAAUGAAUAUUCCAUUCAGAAUCAAAAACGGUGAUGAGGACUUAGAAAAAGAGUUCCUUUCAGGUGCCGCAGCUCGCGGUAUGUUGCAGCUAAAAGGUCACAGAUCAGUGGGCGGAAUACGCGCAUCUUUGUACAAUGCAAUUACCGAAAAAGAAGCGGACAUAUUGGCCAAUUACAUGAAAUGGUUUUACAUUACAAAAAAAGUUGAAAAAUAAUUGAAAAUU